AUGCAACAAAUUUUACUGUCAUGGAAAGUAAUUUUGGGAAGUAAUACUGCCACUAAAGGGAUUGAUAACCACGGUAAAACACUGCAAAUGAGACUAAUGGCUACCUUAGGGCCCAAACAAACCCAAAAAAAUGAUCAAGCGCUCAGGAAUCUCGAGAACCUGAAGGGAGAUUUGCUCAAGGACUUGGAGAAUCAACGGGCUCGUUUCGAUGCUGUCACAAGCGAGUUGGACAACUUGCAGUCCAACUUCAGUACAACCACCAAGAAUACGGUGGCCAUCGAGAUGACCGUUAAGGAGAUCAAGCAACAACGUGACGAUAUCACAAGGCAGAAGGAUGACUUAGCCAAGCAGUUGGCCGACGUUCUACACAAAAUGGACGUGGAGAUUAAGAAGCGUGAGGAAAUCGAGAAAGCUAGUCUCAGACAAGCCGAUGAGAUCGAGAAGCUCAAGACAAAGUUGACUGAUUAUGAGAAUCAAGUGAUGGGAUUGAGACGUCACAAUGACGAAUUGGACACUCAACUGAAGACAAGUCAAGCCAAGAUCACCACGUUGGAGAACUCGAUCGCGUCGGCUCAGAAGGAAAUCGCUAAACUAACCGAGCUGAACUCGAGAUUACAGAAAGAAAAGAAUGACAUAAUGAGGUGCGCACAAACUCAUUUGCUAACUCAAACUGCUUUCACGGAAUUCUAUCCGAACGACUGA